AUGGUCGAUAAUGCCCUUUACAGAAAAUUUAAUGACCAUGAAAUAAUUCCAUAUUUGAUACAAUUUUGGAAUGGAGUUGAUUUGUAUUAUCGUCAAUUACAAAAUCCACGGUACAAAUUGUGUGUCGCAGGAGUAGCAAUAGCUCAGGAUCAAAAUGUCUGGAGUGUAUUAUCUCCAUCAUCCUCGUGGAGGGGACAGAGUUUAAUUAGAUUCAAUUCAGUAAUAUCUCAAAUGGGUCCUUGGUUACGAAAUGCUGGAAAUUCAAUCCCCAUUAAUAGCUACGACACUCAUAUUGUUAUGACACCUUAUCGUGAUGGCGUUGAGGUCCAAUCUGGAGUGCUUGGAAUGGCAUAUGUAUCCAGUGCAUGUUCUAAUGUGAAUGGAUUUGACGCACAAGGAGGAGCUAUUUACGAAACCGGUAAUUUACAUGGUAUCCUUACUGCUGUUCAUGAGUUAGGUCACGUCUUUGGUGCAAAUCACGACGAAAGUGGGCCUUGUUCUCCUCGUUCAAUAAUGGCGCCUGUUGCGUCUCCGUCCAAUGAAAUAUGGUCACAAUGUUCAAUAAAUGAUUUUAAUAACAACCUUAGAAAUCGAGAUUUUUCAUGCAUGUACAAUCAACCUGCUUUUGAUAAUGGUGCUGGUAAUGGUAAUAUAAAUCCACCAACAAUCAACACUCCGAUACCUCAUGAUCCGAAUCGUAACGAUAAUCAAGCACCAACAGUGUUCCACGUCGAAAUCACCGACGAUAGAGACCAAUUAACUGUUGGUUUGAAAGAUUUUUCAGAGAACCGCAAAAUAAAGAUCUACUACGACCGUUAUAAGCUGGUGAUAACCCAACGAGACACCGACUAUUCGUCAACAUCAACUGGCUACAGACAAGACCUUCAAAUACGUGUAGCUGAUAAUAGGAUGAUCACACUGGAUCCAUCAGAAAUAAAUCCAUCAAAAUUGAUAUAUAUUUACCACGAUAAUGGAUACAUUUACGUUUAUCAAGGUAGAAAACCCGGAAGUGACACAAAUGAUGUAACUCAACCACCAGUUAAUAACAAUCCCGGAGGAUUUGAUCAUUGGCCGUGGGGAUAUCAAUAUGCAUUUUGUUUUGGAAGAUCGUAUUUCCAAUUAAACAAAUUGGUAUCGAUAAGUUUCAGGGACAAUAGAUUAUAUGUAUCACAGCUUAAUGCUCCAAAUAAUAAUAAUGUAAAUAGCCCACCUCCACCUUCUGAUCUGGCGUACACUGGACCUGAUACAAAGGGAAUAUAUAUUAUUCCUAGUGAAAUAAAACCUAAUAAAGAAGUUUGUGCAUGGCAAGCUAAUGGUCAGAUACAUGUUAGAACUCGAAAUACGAAUUCUGCACAUUAUAGUUAUUGGCAUUACUAGGAGGGUAAGUUAUUCGUAAUGUGUCAGCAC